CCGCUCUGGCGGACAAAUAAUACCGGCCAAAGGGGAGGCCGGCCCGUCCGGCCCUUUAACCGCGUGGGGGGAGGCCGAGGAAGAAAGGGGGGUCGGGCCGGGGGACUCCUGCUCCUUUAAGUCCUUCCCCUCUUCCUCCGCCCGAGGCCUGGGCGCCGCCGCGCGCGGGGCCUGCGACACUCGGCACGAGCCGCCCCCGCCCCUCCCCCCGCCGCCCACGCGGAGCCGGCUCCGCGCGCGCGCCCCGUGCACCCCCGCGCCUGCGCGCUGCCCAGGCCCUGCCCGUGCGUGGGGGCGCCGCCGGCCCUGGGGGGGUGGGGGACGAGGGGGGGGAAAAAAAACAGCGCGCGGAACCGGGCCAGGGUAGCCCACCCCCGCCACAAUGGCCUCUGGGGUGGAAGUGCUGCGUUUCCAGCUGCCUGGCCACGAGGCUGCGACGCUGCGGAACAUGAACCAGCUCCGUGCAGAGGAGCGGUUCUGCGACGUGACCAUUGUGGCCGACAGCCUCAAGUUCCGCGGCCACAAGGUCAUCCUGGCCGCCUGCUCACCGUUCCUGCGGGACCAGUUCCUGCUGAAUCCCAGCUCCGAGCUGCAGGUCUCCCUGAUGCACAGCGCCCGCAUCGUGGCCGACCUGCUCCUCUCCUGCUACACGGGCGCCCUGGAAUUUGCUGUCAGGGACAUCGUCAACUACCUGACGGCCGCCUCCUACCUCCAGAUGGAGCACGUGGUGGAGAAGUGCCGGAACGCCCUCAGCCAGUUCAUUGAGCCCAAAAUCGGCCUCAAAGAGGACGGGGUCAGCGACGCCAGCCUCGUGAGCAGCGUGGGCGCCACAAAGUCCCUGCUGCCGCCGGCCAGGACCCCAAAGCCAGCCCCCAAGCCCCCGCCCCCGCCCCCUCUGCCCCCUCCGCUCCUGCGGCCCGUGAAACUGGAGUUCCCGCUGGAUGAGGACCUGGAGCUGAAGGCCGAGGAAGAGGACGAGGACGAGGACGAGGACGUGUCCGACAUCUGCAUCGUCAAGGUGGAGUCGGCCCUGGAGGUGGCCCACCGGCUCAAGCCCCCCGGAGGCCUGGGCGGCGGGCUGAGCAUUGGCGGUGCGGUGGGCGGCCACCUCGGGGAGCUGGCCCAGAGCACUGUGCCCCCCAGCGCCGUUGCCCCGCCGCAGGGGGUCGUGAAGGCCUGCUACAGCCUGUCCGAGGACGCCGAAGGGGAGGGCCUGCUGUUGAUCCCCGGGGGCCGCGCCAGCGUGGGGGCCACCUCGGGCCUGGUGGAGGCGGCCGCGGCGGCCAUGGCUGCCCGGGGGGCGGGGGGCAGCCUGGGGACAGGGGGCGCCCGGGGCCCCCUGCCCGGGGGUUUCUCCAGCGGAAACCCCCUCAAGAACAUCAAGUGCACCAAGUGCCCGGAAGUGUUCCAAGGCGUGGAGAAGCUGGUCUUCCACAUGCGGGCGCAGCACUUCAUCUUCAUGUGCCCGCGCUGCGGCAAGCAGUUCAACCACAGCAGCAACCUCAACCGCCACAUGAACGUGCACCGCGGCGUGAAGUCGCACUCGUGCGGCAUCUGCGGCAAGUGCUUCACGCAGAAGUCCACGCUGCACGACCACCUCAACCUCCACUCGGGGGCGCGGCCCUACCGCUGCUCCUACUGCGACGUGCGCUUCGCCCACAAGCCCGCCAUCCGGCGCCACCUCAAGGAGCAGCACGGCAAGACCACGGCCGAGAACGUGCUGGAGGCCAGCGUGGCCGAGAUCAACGUCCUCAUCCGCUAGCACGGCGUGGGGAGCGGGGCGUGGGGGUCCCCUGGCCCAGGAGACUCGGGGGAGGGCGGUGAGGGGCGUUUGGGCGGGGACGGGCAGGUACGGUUUGGAGAACCUGAGCAGGUAUAUCCGGAGUGAAGAAUUCCUUGGAGAGAAGAUCUUGCCUCGUCUAAAAAAAAAAAAAAGAGGGGGGUAGGGAGGAAGAGAAGUUUUUGGGGGUUGUGGGUGUGUGGGUGUGGGUGUGAAGGUCAAGGGAAUUUGGGGUCCGGAGGAAGAAGAUCCCCUCUUAGAAGUGCAUGGCCGUGUGGAGGGAGGGAAAGGGGGUCCUGUAGAAUGAGGGGGUGACACUGGGAUAAAAUGCUGCCUUCCCGGCCCGGGAGAGCUUUCUUGAGGUGGGGGUGGGGGGGGUGGGAGUUGGGAGGGGCUUUGGCUGGAGGGGACUUACAGGUUCCUGCUUAGAGUAGAUCCUCGGAAGAGGGUGUGGUAGUUGGGGGAAGGAACCCCAGAAAAAGGAAGGGAGGAAGUUCUUGCAUGCUGGGGGGAGUGGGACUGUGUACAGGGCUGGCAGAAAAUCUAGGGAGCACAAAGGCGCCAGGUAAGAGAGCCUGGGGGUGAGAUCCUGGGUAGGUAAGGGGAAACGGGGUAAGUAGCAAGAACUAUGAGUAGUGGCGGGGUGGGGGGAUGGGCACUUAGCCGAGAGGACACUUGAAGGGCUUUGGGUGGAGGGGGGAAAGGAGUAGAGACUUAUACAGUAUUUUUUAAGGAAACAAAACGUAUUUUUUAGGAUUUUUUCCUGGAGUUUGGGGGUUUUAGUUUUUCUGCUUUUGUUUUCCACAAAAUAAAAAAAAAAGUUGUUUUUUUUUUCUUUACACCGUCUGGCAACUGCGUAUAUAUGAGUCUCCCACCCAGACACCAUCUCCCUUCAUGUACCUAAUACCUAGAGGUCACGGCCAGUGUAGACCAGUGCUGAAGGAGCCUAGGCGAUGGAAGAAGAGUGACUAGGGGGCUGCUCUGGCCAGGAGCC